AUGGAAAUAUCAGAGGAAACCGUGCAGAAAAUUCAGAAAUUCGUUCAGAACCGACAGGCCGCGGAGAAGGAGUCCUCCACAGAGCCGUUUAGUCCAACGGCCCUGCAUGCAUAUGCGCGACGCCUCGAUGGGACCCUACAACAGCUUCAAGAGCAAGUUCGUCGACAAGAGGAUGAACUGAAAAAGCUCCGAGAAAGUCGUGGUUCUCAUGGUCUUCUGGACAAUCAUGACGACACUUGGGUGCGCGUUUCUCAAGCUCGACGCGCCAAAAGGGCAUAUGAAUCUAUGGUGCUAGCCGAGGAUGACCUGCCAACAACAGACUCCGUCUUGCCUGCACUAAUUGCGACGGACGAGACUUUCCAGCUCAUCAAGGAAGGCAAAAUGUCCAUUCUGGUUACUGCAGACAGACUUUCUGCAGAUCGCGAGCGCUUCCGCAUCGAAGAAGCCAAUCUUCGUGAUUCACGCGCCAUUUCCACUGGACUUCGAGAGCGAAUUCAACGGAUACGCAGUGUCAAUAUCCGAAAGCAGGAGCAAACACCUUCCCAAGUAGCACGGGAGGUUGUUCGAGAACAGAAAAAGAAGAACCAAAGUCUGGACCGAGCAUCUGAGGAUCUCAAAAAGUCGCUGGACAAAUUCAUUGAUGAGUCUCUAGCGCCGAUGCUCGCGGCUGAAGACCUCGGUGGUCCCACUGUCGGUGAUGCCCUUGAGGUGUCCGACGCGACGUUGAAAGCGGGUUACACUGCCCAUGGGAAGCCCAAGAAACCAAAGGAGACCCCUGUGCAAGAAGAUGGGAAUCAACAGCGAAUUGACCAAUUCCUUCGUCGCAGCACGGAUGGUUCGAACCCGACAAACAAACGCGAAGCUUCGGCGACGGAGGCGCAUGAGCUACUCCAUGCUCUGCUUGAAGCUGGGACAUCGUACAUCGAUUUGAAACGAGAUUCAGCAGCCUCCCGGUUCCUUGUGCGAGCAAAAGUGGCUCAGUUCCACCCACGAGAUGCGAGACGUUUACGACUAAUCGAUUUUGGCCGAUCACUUGGUGAUUAA